AUGGUUUAUUUCAGUCCCCGAGGCAUGCAGGAACCGUGUAGCCCACCAGGAAUGCCACUGACAGCGAAAAGCCCCACCAUGGAAGGAGCCGUCCGUGUCGAUCUGACGCCAGUUCCCGACUCGGAAGUGACUGACACUGUGCCGAAUCCAUCGCACGUGGCCAUUAGCUCCUCCACGCCUGCUAGCACCGUUACCCCAACGAUCACGACCGCAUCCAGUGUUGGCAUGCCACCGGCUAAAAGUCAGCGACCGAGUGGAGUCACGCUGAAGUUCUCGAUCGCUAACAUCAUGGGUCAGGAUGAGGAUCGCGUGGAUGAUCGUCGGCAGGAGGAGAGACAUGAUCACGAGGAGGACGUUGAAGAGGAAGAGGAGGAACUCGACGAGGACAUCGACGAAGAUGACGAGGAUGCGGUUGUCGAUGUGGCUAGUGACGAUGAUACGAUCGAGCUGUCAAUGACAUCACCGGGAAGUAGUAGUCUCGGUCCUCGAAAGCGUCGUCUAAGCCACGAAAAGUCGGUGAGUCCUGUAUCGGCGGCAGGAUCGAGUCCGUGUUAUGAGCCACCAUCGGCGGGAAGUUCCGUAGCGGAGGCGUACGAUUCAGCGUUCAAAAAGUACGUCCCGAGCUCGGUACAUCAGUUUGUGGCGAACAACCGACACCAAGAGUUGUUGAGUCAGUAUCCACUGUUGUACUACCCAGGUGGGUUGAUGUGUGCUGCUGCAGCCGCCCAAUAUGCGGCUCUCACACACCAACAUCAUCCACAUCACCCACACCAUCAUCACCAUGCGGCGGCUGCUGUGGCGGCUGGUUUACAUCCUUACAGCGUGGCGGCUGGUCGGUUACAUAGUCCUACACUAUCACCGCCUCCACCUGGACCACCGGGUGUUGGGUCAACUCCUUCAGGUGUUCACGGUCACGGGUUGAACGGACGACACCAGCUUCAUGGAGGAGGACAUGGCCAUCAUCAUCCGCUGUUGUCGGCGGCUGCUGCAGCAGCAGCCGCCGCAGCUGCAGCCGCCGCUGCUCAAGGCAAACACCCGUCGGGAGCGGCUAAACGAGCUAACCUGAACCUAUCCGCCAGCAGUACCUGCUCGUCGGUGAGCUCGAGUGGUAGCUCCACUGGUGGUGGAUCACCUGGUCGAGGAAGUGGUCCCGAUGGUACGACAUCGGCAGCGGCUGCUGCAGCAGCAGCCGCCUUGGCGGCUAAGCAGAAAACCUUCGCUUGUCCCGAGUGCGGUAAGGUGUUCAAUGCGCACUACAACCUGACGCGGCAUAUGCCGGUGCAUACGGGAGCGCGCCCAUUUAUCUGCAAGAUCUGUGGCAAAGGUUUCCGACAGGCGUCGACAUUGUGCCGGCACAAGAUUAUCCACACCUCGGAGAAACCGCACAAGUGUCAGACCUGCGGGAAGGCGUUUAAUCGCUCGUCGACGUUGAAUACGCACACGCGAAUCCACGCUGGCUACAAGCCGUACAUCUGCGAGUACUGUGGUAAGGGUUUUCAUCAGAAGGGCAACUACAAGAACCACAAGCUAACGCACAGUGGUGAUAAGGCGUACAAGUGCACGAUCUGCAACAAGGCGUUCCAUCAGAUCUACAAUCUCACGUUCCACAUGCACACGCACAACGACAAGAAGCCGUUCACGUGCAAGAUCUGUGCGAAGGGCUUCUGUCGGAACUUCGAUCUGAAGAAGCACAUGCGUAAGUUGCACGACGUCAGUCUCGGAGGCGGACACAAGCGUUCGCGAAGUUGUGGAACUCCACAACACCACCGGCGUUCUCCGUUGGAUCUUCCCUCACGGCAUGUUCCCUCUCCACAUCCACGGUCACCAUCUCGGCAACACCCACAUCCGGCGUUGGCACCUCCACCACCACCACCACCAGCCCCAGUUCCAGGUGGUUCCAUUCCAGUUCCGGGUUCAACGGGUUCCCCGACGGCGCUACAUCAUCACGCGCCCUCACAACCCACGGCACCAGCUCAACCUCCACAGCCACCGCAACAUUUGCACCAUCCGCUGCAUCUGCACGGACCGACCCUUGGACACGUGCCGCAUCCGCACGCUCACGUAGAUCUACAGUCCCGGUCAUCACCUGUACCCUGGUCGAGUGCGUCCUCGUUAGCUGCUCUACACCAUACAGCCGUUGCGGCAGCUGCAAUGCGAGGCGGAGACUAUGGCAGCCCGUUCCUGAUGCCACCGGGACGUCAUCAUCAGCGACUGGCGGCUGCGGCAGCCGUCGCUGAUAGCCCGUUCAUCGGCAAGGUGUUUUGA